AUGGUGAAGGGUCGAGGUCCAAAAGAAGCCCCGCGGUCGCGCAAAACGGCAUCCACGCUUGGAUACGCCAAGCGCCAGAGUCUCAAGUCCAAGACCCUGCGUUCGCAAGGCGUCUCCGAUGUGUACGAGUACCAGCAGGAGAAGGUGCGCCGCGCCAACGUGAAACCGCUGCUCGCACGGGACGAGGAGGCAGAGAUGGGCGGCGGGGCUGCGAGCGAGAGCGACGACGGCGCCGCGCGGAAGAGCGCGCGCCCGCGACUCGUCGGGGAGGACGACGGCGACGAGGGGAUCGGCGAGGACGAGGACGAGGACAUUGAUAGCGACGAGGCGUUUGAGGAGAGCGACGAGGACCGGUUCGCGGGCUUCAGCUUCGCGCAGAAGGGCAAAUCGCAGUUGAAAGCGCGGUCUAAAGCGAAGAAAAAGGAUGAAGGCAAGAGCCGCGCGGUGCGCUUUGCGGAUGUUAACUUGAACGAGGACGACGAGUCGGACGAGGAUGAGCGAAUGCAAGAUGGGCCGGGGGAUGAAGAAGAAGAAGACGAAGAAGAAGAAGAAGGUGAUCCCGAUGAGUUCAUAGACGUCUUGGACGUCUUGGAUGGACGGGGUGAACCCGACCUUGGAGAGGAGGAACAGACAAAGAGUGCAAGGCAUAGAGGAGAGCAUGCGCAGGAGGAUGAGGAGGAAAAGGACCGGAUGGACGGAGAUGAGGACGGGGAUGGUGACGAUGAAGACGACGAGGAAGAAGAAGACGAUGAACACCUGGAGGCAGACGGUGCGAUAUCGGCAUCGGGCUCUGAGGACGAAGGAGGUGCCUUACAGGACCUUGAAACCUUCGUUACCGGCUUGGACGCUGGCCAAAAGCGCAAAACCCUCCACGACGACGAGGUCCUAGAAGAUAGCGGCAAGACCGCACGCCCAAGGAAACGCAGAUUGUUGCCGGAACGCACGGAGGCCGGCGCAGAGAACGAGUUCAUUUCGGGGACAGGAGGCGGGAAGCUGGGCUUCGAUGACCUGCUUGCUCCUCUUGAGGGACAAUCCUCGAACCUCGCAUCGCUCAAGAAACCGGCCAAGAUCCUGACAUCGACAUCCGGCAAAAUCAAGACCUUGUCCGCACCUCUGCCCACACGAGUCGCAGAACGACUGGACCGCGAGGCUGCCUAUGAGCUGACGAAAGAGGAGGUCGACAAGUGGAAAACGACCAUGCAGCGGAUCACAGACGCCGAACAUCUCAGCUUCCCUCUACAAGCAGAACCGAAGAGUCGGACGUCCAACCUCGAGCUUGCCGCCAAGUUCAAGCCCUCGAACGAACUCGAAAGCGCCGUAGACAAGCUCCUCAAGUCCGCGAAGCUGCGCGAGGACGAAAUCGCGCAGACCGAGGCGCUCAAGAUGAACCACCUCUCCGUCGAGGAGGUCUCCGCGCGCCGCGCCGAGCUCACCAAGAUGCGCGACCUCAUGUUCCGGGCCGAGGCCAAGGCGAAGCGGCUUGCGAAGAUCAAGAGCAAGACAUACCGCCGGAUCCGCAAGAAGGAGAAGGCGCGCCUCGCGGACAAGCUGCACGAGCUCGGGGGCGAGGACGAUGAGGACGACGAGGAGAGGAGGGUGCAGCGAGAGGUGGAAAGGGCGAGGGAGCGCGCGACGCUGAGGCACAAGAACACGGGCAAGGGAGAGGACGGGAGCGAUGAGAGAGCGAGGACGAUGAGGACGACGACGAUGAAGGAGAUGGGAAGGGUUCUUUCUCGCAUCAAGGCCAAAGCUUUCGAUGAACUUGCGGCACUCGAUACUGACGACGCUGAAGCACCCUCAGCAAGACGGGCAAGAGAUCUUCGAUAUGAAAAUCCCCGGAACAAGGCCAGGCCGAUCCAGUCACCGUUGAACGGUGGCGGACGUGUGGUCUAUCGUCCGGGCGUGCUCACUGGCGGUGUACGGCCUGUCGGCUCUCUCGCCUCCGACACCUCCAGCGUCACCCUCAAAUCCACCGACCUGCUUCUCGAAACACGGGCGAGCCGUUCUCCCCCCGACUCCCCCGACUCGCCGCGCCCCCGUCCUGUUCCUACUUCAGGCGAGCCACAGGAGAACCCCUGGCUCGUCGGCGCGAGCAGUGCCGCCACAGCCGGGCAGACGCGGCACGAGGUUGCAGUGAGCAAGGGCAGCGCCGUGGCAGACAAGUCCAAGAGCAAGCUCCGCAAGCGCGUGCAAAAGCGGGCGGAGGAGCGGGAGAAGGCUCAGGCGGACGCCGAGGUCGACAUCGAGACAAGCGCGACCAUGUCGCUCGCCGGACCUGCAUCGUCCUCGGCCAGCGUCCAAAGGGGCCGGGGAAAGGGUACAGCCCCCGCUGCUAGAGCUCCUGCGGGCGACGAGAGCGACUCUGACGCGAACAGCGAGGUCGAGGCCCAAGAGCGCUCCGCUGCCCUCAAAGCCAAGGGUAAGGGCAAAGUGAAGGCCAAGGGCGAUGCGAAAGGCGUCAAGGCUUUCGAGCAACGCGACCUCGUCGCGCUCGCCUUCGCCGGCGACAAUGUCGUGCAGGACUUCGCCGACGCCAAACGGCGCGAGGUCGCCGCGGACGCCCCCAAGGAGGUCGACACGACGCUCCCCGGUUGGGUCAGUCUAUCUGUUCUGGCGCUGGGGCGGCACUGGCACAAAGAAAGCGGCGCCGCGGCCACACCUGGUGAAGACCCGACCGGGCGUCGCGCCGGCCGCGCGCGCGGACCACGGCAAGGCGCACGUCAUCAUCUCGAGCGGCGUGACAAGAAGGCGGCGCGGUACCUCGUCAAGGACCUCCCGCACCCGUACACGAGCGCGGCGCAGUUCGCACGCAGCAUGGAGGUCCCGCUCGGCGCGGAGUGGAACACGCGCGUCGGCUUCCAGCGCGCAACGCUGCCCCGCGUGGUCACCAAGAUGGGCACGCUCAUCGCCCCGCUCGAAAAGCUUCAAUGA